CGCCACAUCACCAAAAUCACUAUCAUCCCCCUUCCAUAUAUAUUCUCACAAACACACUCACACCUCCAUUCCCUACAUUCUCUUUAUUUUAACUAAAUUCACUCACCUAAACCAUCUUUAUACUGAAACUCACUUUGUUUCUGCGAUCUGGGUCUUCUUCAAUGAUCCCAAGAAAACUUGGGUCUCCGUAAUUUCCCCUUAAUUCCCCCAUAUUAUUUCUGGGUUUUUACAAAUUAAUAAUAAUAAAAAAACAAAUAUGGGUUGUGUAAGUUCAAAAGGAGGCGUAUCAGUGACACCUGCGUUAGACUACUCUGGUGUUUUCAGGGACAAUGUAGUUGUGGGUAAUUCUGGACGUAGUAGAGUGGGACCCACUGAGUCAGAGAGUAAAAAAAAGAUGAACUCGGGUGACUCGGGCCGAGUCAGCUCAACAUGUGGGAGCGAGUCAGUGAGUUUCAGGUUGGGAAAUUUGCAGAAAUAUGUUGAAGGUGAACAGGUUGCUGCUGGUUGGCCGGCGUGGCUUAGCGCUGUUGCUGGUGAGGCUAUACAUGGUUGGUUGCCUCUUAGAGUUGAUGCUUUUGAGAAAUUAGAAAAGAUUGGCCAAGGUACAUACAGUAGUGUUUUUCGGGCUCGUGACAUUGAAACGGGGAAGAUAGUUGCUCUGAAGAAGGUCCGGUUUGAUAAUUUUGAGCCGGAGAGUGUUAGGUUUAUGGCGCGAGAAAUUUUGAUUCUUCGCCGGCUUGAUCAUCCAAAUAUUAUAAAGUUGGAAGGAAUAGUCACCUCCAAAUUAUCAUGCAGCAUAUACCUUGUCUUCGAGUACAUGGAACAUGAUCUAGCAGGUCUAGUAUCUUGCCCUGACAUCAAGUUUACUGAGUCACAGAUCAAGUGCUAUAUGCAACAGCUAUUAUCAGGACUUGAGCACUGCCAUUCACGAGGUAUAAUGCAUCGGGAUAUAAAAGGGUCAAAUCUUCUGGUAAAUAAUGAAGGAAUUCUGAAGGUGGCUGAUUUUGGUUUGGCCAACUUCUGUAGUACGAAAAACAGACAACCACUAACUAGCCGUGUUGUAACUCUGUGGUACCGGCCGCCUGAACUUUUGCUGGGGGCAACAGAUUAUGGACCGUCUGUUGAUCUCUGGAGUGUUGGUUGUGUUUUUGCAGAAGUUCUCCUGGGAAAGCCUCUCCUUCAAGGGAGAACUGAGGUUGAACAACUGCACAAAAUCUUCAAGCUCUGUGGGUCCCCACCUGACGAAUACUGGAAGAAAUCUAAACUUCCUCAUGCUACCCUUUUUAAGCCACAACAGCGUUAUGAGAGUUCCCUUCUAGUAACUUGUAAAGAUCUGCCUGGAAAUGCAGUGGACCUAAUUGGAAGCUUACUCUCUGUGGAGCCAUACAAGCGUGGAAGUGCAUCUGCUGCUCUAUGUUCUGAGUACUUCAGCACUAGGCCAUAUGCGUGCGAUCCAUCAACUUUACCACAUUACCCACCUAACAAAGAAAUUGAUGCAAAAGGCCGUGAUGAAGCUAGAAGGAAGAAAGUUAGUGGAAGAGUUCGGGGGAUUGACGCAGGAAGAAAAACAACAAAGAAAUCGAAUGGCAUACGUAAACUUGCCCCAGCUGAGAAUUUGCCAUUGCCAUUGCCAUCCCAAGUUCAAGAUCCACAGAGAGUCAAAAUCAAUGGAAGUAUAGCACUCUUUCAACCAGAAGAAGACGUAAAAGGAAGGGAACCACCAAAACCCUCAAUUGAACGUCGAGAAGAGGCUUCCCAUAUGAAGAAUGCUUCUCAAGGAGACGUGCCAUAUUCAGGCCCGCUGCAAGUUUCAGCAUCAAGUGGCUUUGCGUGGGCGAAAAACCGAAGAGAUGAUGUAUUUGUUAGAUCACACCGACGUUCUAGUUCAAAGCUUAGUUUUAAUGGUUUAGAGAAUUAUAUGUCAUCCAAUGAUAGAAGUAAUCCUGAGUUGAAAAAGCAAGAAAUUGGGGAUAUUUCUUUAGGAGCUCGUGCCUUCUCUAGGGGGCAUGAUUACUAUGAGGCUCUGAAGCAUACAGUAAGGAGACAAUGGAGCCAAUUUGAUCGUCCCGAGUCUUUUGAUACCUCGGAUGAGUACCAUUCACAGGAAUUAUCUUUAGCACUUUAUCAGAAGGAGAUGGGAGCAAAGAGAAACCACAUGGGUCAAGAAGACAAGGUUGAAUUUUCAGGACCAUUGUUAUCUCAACCAUACCGGGUUGAUGAACUCUUAGAAAGACAUGAACGUCAAAUUCGCCAGGCAGUUCGAAGAUCAUGGUUUCAAAGAGGGAAAAAACAAGGCAAAUGAGUUGAAGCGUGAAGGAACAUAAAAACACCUGUCACCUUAUUGUUUAGAUUCUGGCUGAGGAUCGACGAAUACCAUCCUAACACACUCAAGACUGCAUAGAAACAAAUCUACAAGUGGUCAACUGGAGAUUGUUGCUCGGACAAUCCAUCGGGAAUUUCGACUUCUCGAUCACAAAGCUGUAGCAGAAGAGCUUGAACCAAGAUGCUCAUAGCAAAUUGAGCAGAAAUUGGUGGUUAGUUCUCUUCCCUACAGAAUUACUGUCACCCCAUAAUGUACAGAUUAAAGGGGCUAAUAUCCUAAGGAAAGGAACAUUAUGUUGUAAAUUAUAAUGGUCCAUAAUGUUUGUAGCCUCUUGCUUACUUUUUGUCCAAAUACUCUAUAAGGAAGAAAAUUCUUUUAAUAGCUUUUA